AUGCCUUAUGGAACAGGUGAUUAUUCACAACCUGAUCCUACUAAUCCAGCCUUUAGAAAAUGGCAAACAGAGAAUGAUGUUGUGAAGGGAUGGUUGAUCAACUCAAUGGACCCAUCUUUGAUUAGUAAUUUUAUUCACUUUCCAACUGCCAAACAGGUGUGGGAUUCGUUAGCUACCACAUUUUUUGAUGGAACAGAUGCAUCUCAAGUAUAUGAUCUGAAGAGACGGGUGUCUAGAGUGAAACAAGACAAAGGAUCCAUUGAAACAUACUAUAAUAUUUUCCAAGAUGGAUUAGAUGACAGACUUGACAAAGUUCGGAGUGAUGUAUUGCAGAUGCAACCUUUUCCCACUAUCGAACAGGCCUAUGGUUAUGUUCGAAGAGAAGAUAUAAGACAAUCAGUCAUGUUAACAGGUACAAAAACGUCUACAGCUGCGGUUAUGGCAUCUAAAAGUGUAAAAACUGGUCAGCAAUUACCUAAACUACAAAUGGAGAAAUAA